AUGCUGGAGGAGCUCGCCGCGGAGGGGGUGGACCUGAACAAGCCGAGGGACCCAGACGGCCUCCUGCCGAUCGACGCGUGCGCGUGGUCUGGCUGCACAAGCGGCGUGAUGGCCCUGCUGCGCCUGGGGGCCAGCGCGUCGAAGUCCGUGCAGGCCGUGGCCGGUGCGGCGGCGUGGGGGCACCCGGAGCUCCUGGAGGCGCUGCUGGCGGCCGGCGGCCCCGUCGACCAGGACUUCAGCAACUCGACGCCCCUGCGGUGGGCCGUGGAGAUGAGCCACGAGGACUGCGCGGAGAUCCUCGUGAGGUACGGCGCGUGGAAGGCGGAGCCCGAGCAGGAUGCCGUGCUGGGGCGGGCGAGGAGGAAGCGCCUGCGCAGCCUCCUCGACGCGAUCGCGCAGGCCCUUGGGCUGCUCUGCGCGGUCCGUGAUUUUCCUGGGGCCGGGCGCGUGGCCGGCCUGGUGCUGCAGCUCUCCCAGGAGUCGGACAAACGGCUGAACGCCUGGGCCCCCGCCUUGGAGUGCUUCUCGCCAUUAGCAAAGGUGCAGUCCUUGUUCAACGCCUGCACACUCACAGGCUGGACAGCGCUCGCGGGCGGGGCGGGGCACGACCUGUCCGACGCGCCCUGCUGCCGAGCCGCGGCGGCAGCUUCGGAGCCGCGGCGCGCCCUGGAGCGCGAGGUCGGCGGCCUGGCCCGGCGCGCGAUGGCCCGAGAGGAGGGCCUGCUGAGCACCACGGUCGAGACCAUCUGGCAGGCGUGCGUGCUGUUGAUCGGGCUCUUCCUCGCGUUCGUGGCCUGGGGCACACGUUCAUUGUGGAGGCCAGUGAUCGAUGCCCUGCUCGCCGGCGUGGACUCCCCGCGCAACAUCCCCCUGGUCGGCAGGUGCUGCGCCUGCCUGUGCCCCUGCGCGGUGGCCCAGUACCACCCGCCCUUCCGGCUCCGCGUCGUCGUGCACGGCGGCUGGAGGCUCCGCCGACCUCCCGACCUGGGGGCGAGCUCGGACCCGAUGCAGUGCUACGUCGUGCUGCGCUGCGGGGUGAACCCGCCGAAGACGACCUGCGUGCAGCCCGUGCCCGUCGGUAUUUAUUUGUCAGACAGGAACCCCGUCAUGUGGGACGACGUGCUGGACGUCGAGGUCCGGGUCUCCGAUGACGUCCUGGUCUUGGAGGUCGUGGACUGCACGCUUGAGCCCCCAGAGCAUGUGGUCGGCCGCGUCGACCUCUCCAUCGCGGAGAUCUAUUCCGAUCUGUCGGGCGAGCUGGGGAGCGAGGGUGUCAUGAGUGCCGAACUCGUCACGAGGAAGCUGAUGCACCUGAGCAAGGAUCGGGCGCCGCAGCGGAGGUCGAAUGAUGGGCGUAGUUCAGGUGGCUGA